UUCCAUCUCUUCUCCCCAACCCAACUCUCCUCUCCUUCUCUUUUGCGAGAUCUCUAGAUUCUAGGGUUUGGGAUCUAUAAUUUGUGGCUACGAUUUUUGGGAUUCGUGUCAUUUGAUCUGGAUUUUGAGAUGCUCCUAGAUUGGUUGAGAUUAGUUUGAUUUUGGAGCGUCCUGCUAAAUUAUUAGGGUCUUGGUUUUGUUUUUGAUGGAUUUGCUAUAUCGGGAGAUGUAUCAUUGGAUUGUUGAUGUUAGGGUGUAGGUGAUUUUAAUGGUAGAUCUUUCGAUUGGCUGUUAAUGAGCAUAGUAGAGAAAAUGAAUGGACGAUCUUUUCUUUUAAUUCGCUCUUUGUGAUUUGCUUUGUGCAAGGAAAGCUAAUGUUAUGCCUUAUAAGCCUCAAGCUAUUCUUAAGUAUUUCGAGGGAAAAAGGAAAAUUGAGUAUUUCUUUAUGCCAUGCAGACUAUAUUGCUUUAUCUUCUCAUCUUUGAUGCAUAAUAUAAGUUUUCACAAAACAUAUUCAUUUAUUCUUUUUUAUUUCUUACUUUUGGAAAGUGGUUUUUUAUCAAUUUUUAAUAUCAAACUAUAUUGCCGACAAGAAGUUACUCUUAUUGAUACUAAUUUUCCUUACCAGAUUUGGACUUUCUGUUCCACAUGUUUUUCCUUGCACGAUACUGCAAAAUACUUGAGGAAAACUCAUUCAGGGGACGGAUUGCGGAUUUUUUCUACAUGCUCUUAUUCGGUGCCACUGUUCUCACUGGGAGGAUGAUACCAUAUAUUUCUGAGACUUUUGCCAAAAUUUUUUUCGUUAGCAACUCAUUGACUUUCAUGAUGGUCCAUGUGUGGAGCAAACAUAACCUUUCAUCCACAUGAGUUUCUUGGGCCUUUUUACCUUCACUGCGACUUAUCUACCAUGGGUGCUUCUUGGGUUCUCAAUUCUUGUUGGUAGCAGUACAUGGGUGGAUCUCUUGCUAUCAAAGCCGCCCGUCGUCGCCGCUACCAGUGCCGAGGUCGCCGCCCCCUGUCGCCGCCGCCCGUGCCGAGGUCGCCGCCCCGUGUCACCGACGUCGCCGCCCCCUGUCGCCGACGUCGCCGCCCGUGCCAAAGUCGCCCCCCUGUCGCAGUCGCCCGUGACAAGGUCGCCGCCCACGGUCGCCGACGUCGCCGCCGCCGCCCUUGCCGAGGUCGCUGCCCAUCCCUCUCAGAUGGCAGAUCUAGAGGAGGCGGGACCAGUUGAUGAGUCCGUCCUGACAGAGCAGCAUCUCCAUAGGUCUUCAUUUAUCACGACUGAGGGAUAUCGCGGGGUGCAGUUCAUAGAGCAUGGCCGCAAAUUAAACCAGUGGGAGCUUGAUCAUCCAGCAGUGCUAGAUUUGCUACGACAGUCUGGAUUUUAUUAUAUUUCUCGACUUAGGCGUCUACAGCUGGAUCAGGCAUUAUUAGGAGCUUUGAUCGAGCGAUGGAGACGGGAGACCCAGAUAUUUCACUUCCGCCACGGUGAGAUGACGAUUACACUUUAGGAUGUGGCGGUUAUUUCGGGUCUUCGUGUCGAUGGAGCGCCGGUCACUGGGACUACAGUGUAUCCGUGGCCAGAUAUUUGUCAGGCGCUUUUAGGGGUUGUGCCGGAUGACAUCCGAGCUGGGCAGAUUAGAUUAGAUUGGAUAUACCAGCAGUUUCAUCAUCUACAUUUGGAUGCUCCGGCUGGAUUAGUUGCAGCCACUGCACGUGCAUAUAUAUUAUAUCAGAUUGGCUGUAGUCUAUUUCCAAACCCCACCGGAUAUAGGGUUCAUCUUAAGUGGCUGCCACUUAUAGCAGAUUUUGAUGCAUGCGACGCUUUAGCCUGGGGUGCAGCAGCACUGGCCUAUCUAUAUCGAGCUUUAGGAUCGGCUGCAUUAAAAGGAAAGGUCGAAUGCUGUUGCUUCGCGACAUUAGUACAGAUUUGGGCGUGAGACCAUCUACAUGUCGGCCGACCUACUAGCGUUGGAGCUGUUGCUGACAUGGCUGAUUGCCCUAUGGGUUGCCGGUGGACGAACGCCGGUGGGUUACGUUUUGCAGCAAACGUUAGAACAACAGAUAUUGAGUUCUACAGAGAUGAGUUAGACCAACAAAGAGAGACUCAGAUGCUAUUAUAGAUGUGCUACCUGCAUUCUGUGUACAGGGCAGUGAGGUAUGGCGAUUUCGGACGACACUGAUUUGUUUUCAUAUCGUCGAGCUUCACGUACCGGAUCGAGUCCUACGGCAGUUUGGUCUCCUCCAGCAUAUACCCAUUCCGGUGGAGACCAUCCGGCGCUACACUUCUCAGGGGCGGCCAGAUGAGGAUUGGGCUUACUUUCAUGCUACAUACAUCGAGAGAUGGGGAGAUAGAUUACAAGCCAUUAUUGACUAGCAUCCGAUUGUCGGUGAUGAUCCAGUACAGGCGACCUCGAUUUAUAUGGAGUGGUACUAGCAGAUCACGAGACGAUGGAUUUCUCGUCCAAUACAGCGUCCACCAUUGACUUACCAACCUCGUGGCCAGACAGAGAGAGCUUUGGUGGACGCUAUAUGAUAGACACAGUAUAGCAUCAGGAGCCUAGUUCAUGAUCGACCUUCUUAUGAGGCGAUGAUUGAUGUAUUGACGGGUAUCGAUAUUGAUCUUGAUAGUGUACUGGAGUACAUUCCUACUAUACCUGUCGCCACUGAUAUCAGAGGUCGAGAUUUUGGACAUGCAUCGACAUCGGGUCAUCACCACCGUCAGACAUCGACAUCUGCUGGAUCUCCAUCUCCUAGUGAUGUUGCUGAUAUACCCGCCGCCCCUGAGAGAUUUCCUACUAGGCCAUUGGACUUGGACUUGCUUUUGCCGCCGCCAGUCUCUAGAGAUCACUUUACAUUCGUCUAUUCUCGACGUCAUGCCGCGUCUUCAUCACAAGCCCGCCCAACAUCUAGACCAGCCACUAUCGAGGAGACUCAGGCGAUACCGGAGCAUCGCGAGGGCGUUAUGAUUGCGGAUCUCGAUGCGAUGGCCGAUAUCGAGCCAAUUGAUGACAUACCUAUUGCUGAUCUCGUUGUAGAGGGUGGCCGUAGACGUGGACGUGGCCGUGCACGAGGACGUGGCCGAGGACGUCGAGGGAGAGGACGAUCGAGAGGCUGAUUGUAUAUUUUUGAUUUAGAUAACUUAGACUUUGUAUAAUAUUAUAUAAUACUUAAUUUAGU